CAAAAGAUCUGGUUGGUUAGAAAGUCUGGCGAAGCGAGAAAAAUCUGGUAUUUACCAGAUAAAUCUGGCAACCUGGCAACGCUGGCUGAAACUAGAAAGAAAAAAUGUAUUUACCUCUUGUUUUAAUGAAAUCAGGUUAAUUUAAGAAUUUUAAGAACAGCUUUUUAAUAUAUUUAACUAAACGAUUCAGCGACUCGCAGUGCGGAAAGUUUCGCAUUAAGAAUUACUUUUGGAUCAGAUCUACACAUAAAUAAAAAUGGGAAAGAAGCAACAUCAAAAGGAUAAAAUGUACCUUACAUACACAGAAUGGUCCGAGUUUUACGGUGGACACAAACCAAACUCAAUAGAGAACGAGCAGGUUAAAUUCAAACGGCUCCCAUAUGAUCAUUGCUGCCUUACGAUGGUUCCAUUUGAAAAUCCAUAUUGCGACAAAGAAGGGAAUGUAUUCGAGCUAGCGGCGAUUAUCAAUUUCAUUAAGCAUUUCAAAGUAAAUCCAGUAACUGGCGCUCCUUUGGAUGGCAAAUCAUUGAUCAAGCUUAACUUCACCAAGAAUCAUGAGGAUCAAUUCCAUUGCCCAAUUUUGUUCAAGCCGUUUACGAAAAAUUCCCACAUUGUUGCCAACGGAAAGACGGGCAAUGUUUUCUCUUUCGAAGCAAUUGAUCAGCUUAAUAUAAAAGCUAAAAACUGGAAAGAUCUACUAGACGAUACUCCAUUUACAAGAAAGGACUUGAUUCCUAUUCAGGACUCCAGCAAUUUGGAAAAGUUUAACAUUACAACUUUUCACCACAUAAAGAAAAAUCUUAAAGUUCUAACCGAAGAAGAAAUGGCGGAACGGAAGGAUCCGCAAGGAAGAUUGAAAACUAUUUCAAUGGAAACUAGAGAUAUUCUUACACAAUUAGAGAAGGACUACAAAAGUCCCGAAGAAAAAACUGAGGAACACAAGGUUGCAGAUAAGUUUAAUGCGGCACAUUAUUCCACAGGAGCUGUAGCAGCCGCAUUCACUUCAACCUCAAUGAUACCGGUUUUAAAUCACGAAGCAGCAAUUAUUGAGGAAGACGUUAUUCGAUACGAACGCGUCCGUAAAAAGGGUUACGUUAGACUGCUCACAAAUUUCGGGGCAUUAAAUUUGGAAUUGUAUUGCGAUCAGGUUCCAAAAACGUGUGAAAACUUUCUGAAACACUGUCAAACGGGUUAUUACAAUGGGUGUUUAUUCCAUCGAUCUAUUCGGAAUUUCAUGAUUCAAGGCGGUGAUCCUACUGGGGUGGGCAACGGAGGUACGUCGAUAUGGGGUAAAAAAUUUUCCGACGAAAUUAAGCCUAACCUGACGCAUUCCGGUAGAGGAAUCGUGUCGAUGGCCAAUUCAGGCCCAAAUACCAAUGGGUCUCAGUUUUUCAUAACCUACCGGUCCUGUAAGCAUCUUGACGGAAAACACACUAUAUUUGGAAAAGUAGUUGGCGGUUUGGAGGUUCUUACCGAAAUGGAACGAAUAGAGGUGGACAAUCGAGAUCGACCGAUUGAAAACAUUUUCAUUCAGAGGGUGCAAGUUUUCGUAGAUCCAUUCCAAGAGGCAGACGAGCAACUAGCCAAUGCACGGGCGGCUGAAAUUGAACGACUUCAGCAAGAAGUAGAUGAGAAGCAAAAGAAAACGGCCAAAUCGCAACCACUAAAAAUUUUCCGUUCAGGUGUGGGCAAAUAUUUGGACAAGGAAAUCACUAAAAAACUUGUUGAAUCAGAAGGAUCAUCCGGUGGUUCAGAUCCAGUACAGACUAAGAAGCGGAAAAUAGAAGACAGAAUCAAACAAAUGGGUAAUUACAGCUCCUGGUAAUACAUGUUUUUGCUACAAAACUA